AUGAACACUGUCUUUCGUGUUGGUGAAAUCAAACAAACAGUUGAUAAUAGUCGUCUUUGGGAAGUACAAUUGACUCUCACAGAUGAUAAUGAUCCAGACUUAGCUGUUCUUACCCUUCGCAUGAGCGAAGAAAUCCAAGGCACUGGAUGGUAUCGAAUGGGUCGACUAAUGCUCCAAGUGGGUCAUUUCGAUCAAGCUGAAGAACUCUACAAUGAAUUACUCAAGAAUUCCUCCAACGACCAUGAUAGAUCACAUAUCUAUCACCAACUUGGAAUAGUGAAAAACGAUCAAGGACAACACCAAGCAGCAGUCGUAUUUUACCAAAAAUCACUCGAAAUCGACGGAAAAACUCUCCUAGAAGACGAUUUUUCAUUGACUGAUACCUGCACCAACAUCGAUCUCGUGUAUGACGAGAUGGGAGACUAUUCAAAAACACUUGAAUUGAACGAAAAAGCACAUGAAGUGAAAGAAAAAGCUCUAUCUUCGAAUGAUCUUGAUUGGGCUACUGCGUACAAUAACAUCGGUAAAGUAUAUAAUAGCAUGGGUGACUACAGAAAAGCACUGCAAUUUUACGAAAAAGCAAUGAAAAUAAGAGAAAAAGUUCUGCCUCCGACUCAUCUCGAUUUAGCUCUUUCCUACAACAACAUUGGUGCAGCGUAUCAAAACAUGGGCAACUAUUCAAAAGCACUUGAGUUCUUCGACAAAGCACGUCAAACAAAAGAGAAAACUCUACCUCCGAAUCAUCCCAAUUUCUCUAUUUCCUACAAUAACAUCGGUGCAGCAAAUCAAAAAAUGGGUAACUACUCACAAGCACUUGAAUUUUAUGAGAAAGCACAUAAAAUAAAAGAGAAAGUUCUAUCUCCGAAUCAUCCCGAUUUGGCUACGUCCUACAACAACAUCGGUCUAGUGUAUCGUGACAUGGGCGACUACUUAAAAGCACUUGAGUUUUUUGACCAAGCACAUCAAAUAAAAGAAAAAGCUCUGUCUUCAACUCAUCCGAAUGUGGCUAUUUCGUAUAACAAUAUCGGUGCAACGUAUCAAAACAUGGGUGACUACUCGAAAGCACUUGAGUUUUACGAUAAAGCACAUCAAAUAAAAAAAGAAGUUCUAUCUCCGAAUCAUCCCGAUUUGGCUAUGUCUUACAAUAACAUCGGUGAAGUAUAUAAAAGCAUGGGCGACUACACGAAAGCACUUGAAUUUCACGAAAAAGCACAUAAAAUCUUUAAAGAAGUUCUGCCUCCGAAUCAUCCUAAUUUGGCUCUUUCCUACAACAACAUCGGUGGAGUGUUUGACGCCGUGGGUAAAUACUUGCAAGCGCUUAUGUUUCACGAAAAUGCACAGCAAAUCUUCGAAAAGGCCCUAUCUCCAAAUCAUCCCGAUUUGGCUACUUCUUACAAUAACAUCGGCAAAGUAUAUAACAACAUGGGUGACUAUACGAAAGCACUGCAAUUUUAUGAAAAGGCACAGAAAAUAAGAGAAAUAGCUCUGUCUUCGAAUCAUCCCGAUAUUGCUCUUGCGUACAACAACAUUGGUGAAGUGUAUAAAAAUAUGGGUGACUACUCAAAGGCACUUGAAUUUCACGAAAAAGCAAACAAAAUGUUUGAAGAAGCUGUACCUCCAAAUCAUCCCAAGUUGGCACUUUCCUACGACAACACUGGCCUAGUGUAUUGCGGCAUGAGUGACUACUCAAAAGCACUUGAAUUUUAUGAAAAAGCAUUGCAAGUCUUCGAAAAUACUCUACCUCCGAAUCAUUCAAAUUUAGCUACUGCGUACAACAACAUCGGUCUAGUGUAUCGUGACAUGGGCAAUUACUCGAAAGCACUUGAGUUUUACGAAAAAGCACAUGAAAUAAGAGAAAAGGCUUUGCCUCCAAGUCAUUCCUCAUUGGCUACUUCUUGCAUCAACAUCGGUUCGGUGUAUCAUGAUCUGGGUGAUUAUGCAGCUGCUCUUAGGGCUCUUCAAUGUGCUUUUGAAAUUCAACAAAAAGCAUUUGAAGAAGAUAAUCCAGCUUUUGGUCCCACAUACAGCUGGUUCGGAAGAGUUUAUCGUAGUGUGAAAGAUUAUUCCAAGGCACUUGAUUAUUUUGAAAAGUGCUUCACAAUAGUUCAGAAAACGUUGCCGGAAGAACAUUCCAGUCGAGCUAUUACAUACCAUAAUAUUGGUGAUAUUCAUCGAUUAAUGGGAGAUUAUGAAAAGGCACUUUCAUUUCAUCGAAAAGCAUUAAGUAUUCAAGAAAAUGUUCAAUGUAAUCCUCUGGAAUGUGCAACGACAUAUACAAAUUUAGGUGAAACUUAUCGAGAAAUCGGAGACUAUGCAACAGCAUUGACAUAUUUUGCAAAAGGAUUAGAAAUUCAUCAAAAGCAAAUAACAACAAAUCACCCUAAUUUAGCUGUAAUCUAUCAUAAUUUGGCCAAAUUAUAUUUGACUAUUCGGCAAGAUAGUAUGGCACUUGAAAACAUUCAACAAGCGAUUGACAUCGCUGAAAAAAAAUUGCCUUCACAUCAUCCUCAUCUUUUGGACUAUAAAGAAACUUUUGAAAAAAUUCAAAAGAAGCUAUAA